UUUCUGCAAUAUUUCAUAUUAAAUAAAAUCCUAUCAAACAAAUAAAGCAAAUUACAAACAAAUACAGAUAAACCAUAUUAAAUUAAGGGAGGGAGCUUAAUUGUCAAAAGCCAGCUAUUAUCUGAAAUAUAAUCGAAAAUGUUUAAAACAGCACCCAUAAAUUCUUUCAAGAAUGUUCCUGAGAUAGAUCAGAGAUAUAUCCAAGACUUGUAGGAGAAAGAUAGAAUUGUUAGAUAAAGAAUCGAGAAAAGAAAUAAAAUGCAAGAAGAUGAACGUCAAUUGUUACUUUCGAAAGUUACUAAAACCUUAGAAUACCUUACAAACCACAAAAAGGAUAUGCAAAAAAGAAACGCAAUCUUCUAAAAUGACAUGAGAGGUCACGUCGAAAGAUUUCAUAGAGAAAUUGCUAAAGUUUAUGUUGCAGAUGAAAACUUAAGACAAACUAAGACGGUUAUUGACAAUUACCUAAGAAAUUUCAGACCUUAAGUCGCUGUUCAGCUCAAAAAUGUAUUAUCAAACAACAAUUAUUCCUUAGAAGCAAAGAUUUUUAAUGUGAAAAACCAUGCUCCUAUUAUUUUAAGCAAAAACAACGAGUUAAUUAGAUUAGAGCAAAAGUAAAGAGAAUUGGAAUAAGAAAUUGUUAGAGAAGAACUCAAAUAAGACAUCAUACAAACAAAAUCAACUUAUCCCUAAUAAGUUAAAUAGGAUUCCUACAAUAAGUAAAAUUUUGUGCCAAACUAAAAUGCAGAAAACAGAGAAUUGGCUGCCACUCAAAAAAUAAGUCAACCACAAUAAUCAAGCUACCAACAAUAUAACAGAGAGUAAAUUUAAGAAGAAGAUGACAUCCAAAGAUUUGAUUAAGAUGACUCUAUCUCAGAAGAUAACUAUGCUACUUAAAAAAAUAAAUCUUCUAAUAACAAAUACACUCAAGACAACAACAGACCUUCUGCUAAUCCCAAUUUUACCCAAAAAAAUUUAAAUCAGAACACUUCAUCUUCUCAAUAAAAUAUUACAAACAACAAAUCUAAUAACGAAACUAAAAAAAGAGUAAAUAACAUUUUCGACGAAGUUCCCAACGACUUUGAUGAUGAUUGA